UGCACCGCACCGCCGGCCCAGCAGGACACCGCAGUCCGCACCUCGCGCCAGUCCGACCGCCGCGGCCGCCUGCGCACCGAUGGAGCUGGACCACAGGACGAGCGGCGGCCUCCACGCCUACCCGGGGCCGCGGGGCGGGCCGGCGGCCAAGCCCAACGUGAUCCUGCAGAUCGGUAAGUGCCGGGCCGAGAUGCUGGAGCACGUGCGGAGGACCCACCGGCACCUGCUGACCGAGGUGUCCAAGCAGGUGGAGCGGGAGCUGAAGGGGCUGCACCGGUCGGUGGGGAAGCUGGAGAGCAACCUGGACGGCUACGUGCCCACCGGCGACUCGCAGCGCUGGAGGAAGUCCAUCAAGGCCUGCCUGUGUCGCUGCCAGGAGACCAUCGCCAACCUGGAGCGCUGGGUCAAGCGGGAGAUGCACGUGUGGCGGGAGGUCUUCUACCGGCUGGAGAAGUGGGCCGACCGCCUGGAGUCCAUGGGCGGCAAGUACCCGGUGGGGAAUGAGCCGGGUCGCCACACAGUCUCGGUGGGCGUAGGGGGUCCAGAGGGCUACUGCCAGGAGGCGGACGGCUACGACUACCCGGUCAGCCCCUACGCCAUCACCCCUCCGCCAGCUGCUGGGGAGCUGCCGGGACAGGACCCUGGGGAGGCCCAGCAGUACCCGCCCUGGGGGAGCAGUGAGGACGGGCAGCCGAGCCCCGGCGUGGACACGCAGAUCUUCGAGGACCCGAGGGAGUUCCUCAGCCACCUGGAGGAGUACCUGCGCCAGGUGGGCGGCUCGGAGGAGUACUGGCUGUCGCAGAUCCAGAACCACAUGAACGGGCCGGCCAAGAAGUGGUGGGAGUUCAAGCAGGGCUCGGUGAAGAACUGGGUGGAGUUCAAGAAAGAGUUCCUGCAGUACAGCGAGGGCACGCUGUCCCGGGAGGCCAUCCAGCGGGAGCUGGACCUGCCGCAGAAGCAGGGGGAGCCGCUGGACCAGUUCCUGUGGCGCAAGCGGGACCUGUACCAGACGCUGUACGUGGACGCAGAGGAGGAGGAGAUCAUCCAGUACGUGGUGGGCACCCUGCAGCCCAAGCUCAAACGCUUCCUGCGCCACCCGCUGCCCAAGACCCUGGAGCAGCUGAUCCAGCGAGGCCGGGAAGUGCAGGACGACCUGGAGCAGGGGGCCGAGCCCGCCGGCACCCCUGUCCCCACCGAGGACGAGCCCGACGCCCUCACACCGGCCCUCACCAGCGAGUCCGUGGCCAGUGACCGGACCCAGCCCGAGUAGAGGCCAGCUCAGGCCCCAGCCUGCCCACCGCACCCCACCUGUGGCCUUCGCCAGCCAGGACUGUUGAGCUGGGCUGACCCCUGCACGGGGGAGCCCCUCUUCCUCACCCGGCUGGGCACCCGACAUCAGCCUGCCAGCCUGACUCCCACAGACACAUGUCGUCCAGCUGUGGGCAGCAUCCCCCAAGCAGCAAAGGGCCCCCGCCCCGUCACCUGCCUUCUGUCUAUCUUUCCUGGCCUCCGAUGCCCCCACCCCACUCCCUGCACACUCUCUGGCCACCACAGGAUCUCCCAGCCUCGUUCUUCUGCUCACCCCCACCGCCCGGACCCCCUGGGCACUCAGAAAUCAAGUGUGCAGAUGGCCUAGGCCAGUGAGCGCCAAGCCCAAGGGGCAGCCCCGAGCAGAAGCUGAAACAGCACCAGCGCCG